AAAUGGUUGAAUCUUACUUUGUGUGAUUUCUGGUUGUUCAGUCAACAAAUUGGCCAUCCAUUAACACGGAUAUAUAUUGCUUACGCAUACACGGCUCUCCCAUAGGCAACUCCUCUCAUCAAUUCAGCAAUUACACCCACCUAUUCCACCAUAUAUACCCAUUGCCUUAGCAAAAGAACCGUUAUCCGCCCCAACACCAUGAACACCGCCACAACCACCUCUUCCAGCAUGCUCUCCGUCCCAUCCUCCUCCUCCUCCUCCUCUACCAUCAGCCCAACCCGUCCCGCCUUCAACUCCCAACGAACCCAAGACCGCCUCCGCGAAGGCGAAGGCCUCUACGCAAUCCUCUUCCGCAGCGACAGCAGCAACCUGCAGCGCGGCCGAAAGUCCGUCUUCAAAGAGACUGGCCUCGACGACGACAGCGCCAGCGAAGUCACCGACAUCGUGUCGCUCAGAUCGCCUGUGGCAUCGCCCUCGCCCGUGUCGUCGUCGUCACAGGAGCCGUCGCCAUCGCCGCCAUUUCCGUCUCUUAAGCCGCGGCCGCUGGAAUCAUGUAAAACGGAUUGUCUUCUGUCCUCUGCCAUAAUGGACAUUUAUUGGGAGUCCAAUGUCUACGAGAUCUCAAAGAAAAAGGGAUAA